AUGCCUGAAAGCGAUAUUUUGGAUAUAAGUUCGAUGUUUGAAACAGAUUCUAAAAUUACAAAAAUUGAAUAUCAUUCAUAUACACCUUAUACGACUUCAUUUAAUAAUAAUGAUGAAAUAGGAAUAUCAAUACAGCAAACAGAUGUUUAUCCGUAUUUGCAUGAGAGUUUUAUUUUUUUAGAAGGUAAAAUAUCAGAAGCUAGUGAAGUAAAACUUACUAAUAACGGUUUUUCAUAUCUCUUUGAACAAAUACGACUUGAAAUCAAUGGAAUAGAAGUAGAUAGUACUCGAGUACUAGGUAUUACCAGCUCGUUGAAAGGUUAUCUAUCAUGUACGCCAGAUAACUAUAACUGUUAUGAAAAUGCAGGUUGGAUUUUUAAAAAUAAUACAAACCCCGCAAAUGCAAAUGGUGAAUUUAGUGCUUGCAUUCCACUGAAAUAUUGGUUAGGUUUGUUCGAAGACUUUAAAAAAAUAUUAGUUAAUUCUAGAUUAGAACUAAUAUUAACUCGAAGUCAUAGUGAUUUGAAUGUUUUAACAAAAGCUGAACAAGAUGGGAGUGUUAAUUCUAGAAAAGUCGAUUUGAAUAAAAUAGUUUGGAAGGUACCACAUAUCACUGUUGAUGAUGAAGAAAGAUUGAAAUUAUUAAAACUUAUAGAAAAAGAAAAAAGUUUUUUUAUCCCGUUCAGAUCUUUUGAAACUUUCGAAUACCCUGAACUCGGAACCACUAAAAAAGUUGUAUGGAACUUGAAAACUGCUUCAAAAUUAGAAAAACCUCGAUUUAUUAUAAUUGGAUUGCAGAAGGGACGUAAAAAUGUAUUAACAAAAGAUUGUAGUGUAUUUGAUCAUUUUAUUGAUACUUCAAAACAAAAUGAUUCGGCUGCGGCUUCAUCAGUAGAUGUUCAAUUGAAAAUCGAAGCGUCAGAAUCUCUUACAGGUGUAAAUGCUUAUUGUUUAUUAAUUCAUGAUCGCAUUGUAGAAUAUGUACCUUUUACUAGAGAAGUAAGAAAACUUGUGUAA